AUGCAAAAGGGCAAACAGCUGACCGACAGGGCAAUUUCUUUUCCCUCUCCAGAGGUGACAUGUCCUCGGGUACCAAACAUUGCUAACGGGCUGCACAGCGGACAGUCCUUGACCAAGUUUUCUGUGGGAGUGACUGUGUACUACAGCUGCAAGGAUGGCUACGUGCUGGUGGGGAAUGUGUCCAUCAACUGCACGGAGACCGGGGUGUGGAGCAGACCCCUGCCCCGCUGUGAAGCAAUUGGCUGUGAGAUACCCAAGGUGCAGAACGGGAAGGUCCAUGGGCUGCAGAGCACCUACAAAGCUGGACAGACUCUGCACUUUGACUGCGACGCCGGUUACGCCGCAGAGGACACCUACGAGACUCAGUGCCAGCCAGGGGGGAUCUGGGAUCCACCGGUGCUCACCUGUGAGAAGGUCCAACCAUGUCCCAUGCCUCCAGAGAUCACCAAUGGAAAUCACAACGGCCAAGGCAAGGCAUUUUUUACCAUGGGAACAUCUGUAACGUACACCUGCGAUCCCGGCUACUACCUGGUUGGAAAUGCCGUUGUGUUUUGCAAAGCAUCAGGGAGAUGGAGCCAGCCCAUCCCUCGCUGUGAAGGUAUCCCUUGUAAGCCGCCUCCGGACAUUCCCAAUGGGAAGCACACGGGCAGGCUGCUGGAUGAAUUCUACUUUGGCACAUCUGUAACAUACACCUGCAACCGCGGGUACCCGCUCCAUGGAGAGCCCUCCAUCUACUGCACCACCCGGGAUGGGAAGAACGGCGAGUGGAGCGGGCCCCCCCCACAGUGCGGAGCUGGCUGCAAUGCACCUACCAGUCUGGCGUUUGCUGAGCUGAAGAAGCCGUACAGCAACCAGACCGUCUUUCCCGUGGGGAGCACGGUGGAAUAUGUGUGCCAGCCUGGGUAUGCCCAGCACCUGGGGAUGUCGCCAGCCAUCACGUGCCUUAGGAAUCGGACAUGGUCUGGGGCGCUGGAGUUUUGUAAAAGGAAACAAUGUGCUAACCCAGGGGAUCCGGAGAACGGCAGAGCUGUUGUCCUGACGGACCUCCUCUUUGGAUCCAAAGUUAAUUACACUUGUGACAAAGGCGUGUGUGUCCUGCAGACCCCAGGUGCUGCUGCAGCACUGAUGCUAAAAGCCACCUUGUACAUGCCUGCAGGUAUCGCCUGCGAUCCGCCGCCGGACAUCCCUCACGGGAGACACAGCGGGCAAUUGAUGGACACCUUCUCCUACGCGGAUGUGGUCACCUACACUUGCGACGCUGGUCACAUGCUGGCCGGAGAGCCCUCCAUCUUCUGCACCACAGUGGACGGGGAACACGGCGUGUGGAGCGGGCCACCACCGCAGUGCGGAGAGGUGAAGUGUCCUCCCCCUCCAGCCAUUGCCAAUGGAAAGCACAGCGGCCAGCCCUCGGACACCCACCUUCCAGGCAUGGCUGUGCAGUACACCUGCUGGGAUGGCUACUCCCUCAUCGGGAACGCCUCCAUUAGCUGCACCGCUGCGGGAACGUGGAGCCGGCCCCGGCCCCGAUGUGAAGCAACCGGCUGCAAAAGACCAGAAAUUGAGAAUGGAAGAACGACUGGGCUGGAGACCGUGUACAGACUCGCAGACACCAUUGUCUUCGAAUGCAAUUUUGGUUACGCCUUGAAGGGGUCUCAAGAGUCUCAGUGCCAGUUUGGGGGCACGUGGGACCCUCCUGUCCCCAUCUGUGAAAAGAUGCUACAGUGUCCCUCCCCUCCAAAUAUUAAAAAUGGCCAGUAUGAGAACAUGGAUGUAAAAGUGUUCAUCCCUGGAGUAUCAGUGAAGUACUACUGUGACCUGGGCUACGUCCUAACUGGGAAAACAACAGUUUCUUGUUUGACAUCUGGAACCUGGAGCCUCCCUUACCCCCGGUGUGAAGUGAUCACCUGCAUAAGCCCCAACAUCCCAAAUGGAGAAGUGGCUGAAGGACGGAGCGCUGCGUACCGUCCCGGGGCCAACAUCACCUUCCAGUGCCACCCGGGCUACGUGCUGUGGGGCAGCCAUGAAGCCAAGUGCCAGCCCGAUGGCCGCUGGGUGCCUGCUGUCCCCACCUGCGAGCCAGUGCUGCCGUGUCCUCCACCUCCCGUCAUUGCCCACGCCACACAUGGCGCGGAGCUCGGGGCAAACUUCACCAGCGGCAUGUCCGUGAGCUACAGCUGCCAGCCCGGCUUCUCCCUCCUCGGAGACCCCUCUGUCUUCUGCACGGCCUCGGGGAACUGGAGCCUCCCAUACCCACGCUGCGCAGGUAUCAUCUGCGAUCCACCACCAGACAUCCCUCACGGGAGACACAGCGGGCAAUUGAUGGACACCUUCUCCUACGCGGAUGUGGUCACCUACACCUGUGACGCCGGUCACCCGCUGGCUGGAGAGCCCUCCAUCUUCUGCACCACGGUGGACGGGGAGCACGGCGUGUGGAGCGGGCCACCGCCGCAGUGCGGAGGGCGGCUGUGUCCCUCCCCAUCGGCGAUUGAACAUGGCCAGCACGAUGGCAAGGAUGUGAAAAUGUUCGUCCCUGGAAAGUCUGUAAAUUACAGCUGUGACCCCGGCUAUUCUCUUAUUGGAAAAACAACUCUAUACUGUACAGUCAAUGGAACCUGGAGCUUCCCUUACCCCCGGUGUGAAGUGAUCACCUGCAUAAGCCCCAACAUCCCAAAUGGAGAAGUGGCUGAAGGACGGAGCGCUGUGUACCGUCCCGGGGCCAACAUCACCUUCCAGAGCCACCCGGGCUACAUGCUGUGGGGCAGCCAUGAAGCCAAGUGCCAGCCCGAUGGCCGCUGGGUGCCUGCUGUCCCCACCUGCGAGCCAGUGCUGCCGUGUCCUCCACCUCCCGUCAUUGCCCACGCCACACAUGGCGCGGAGCUCGGGGCAAACUUCACCAGCGGCAUGUCCGUGAGCUACAGCUGCCAGCCCGGCUUCUCCCUCCUCGGAGACCCCUCUGUCUUCUGCACGGCCUCGGGGAACUGGAGCCUCCCACACCCACGCUGCGCAGUAGUGAAGUGUCUGCCUCCUCCAAGCAUUGCUAACGGGGAACACAGCAGUCAUUUCUCAGACACUUUUGAUGUAGGAGCACUUGUGCACUACCGCUGCAAACAUGGCUUCUCCCUCAUUGGCAAUAAGACUGUUCGUUGUACAACAUAUGGAGUCUGGAGCCAUCCCCUUCCUCGGUGUGAAGUUGGCUGUGUGAGCCCAAGAGUUGGGAAUGGAAAAGUGAUCAGGUUGGAGUCCCUGUAUAGGCCUGGAGACAUCAUUACAAUGGAAUGCAACACUGCUGUUGUCCCAAAAGACAAUCCCAGUGCCAGCUUGGGGGGCACGUGGGAUCCUCCACACCUCAGCUGUGAUUUAGUGCUGUACUGCUCCAAGCCUGCAGAGAUCGCCCACGGGUCUCUCAGUAGCCCAGCAAAAGUGUUUUUCACUCCUGGAACAUCUGUAAGCUACAUCUGUGAGCCCGGUUUCUCUCGCAUUGGGACAGCAUCCAUUUAUUGCACACAAUCUGGAGCCUGGAGCCAUCCUCCUCCGGUCUGUCAAGCUGUGAAGUGUCUCCAUCCUCCAAACAUCACCAAUGGGAAGCUCAAAGGCAACAUCUCUGACACUUUUUCCUAUGGAGCAUCUGUGUCCUACAGCUGCAAUCCCGGUUAUUCACUCGUUGGGAAUGCUUUCAUCAACUGCACGGUGUCAGGAACCUGGAGCCAGCCUCAUCCUCAGUGCAAAGAGAUCAGAUGUGUAUUCCCAGAAGUUCAGGGUGUUAAGAAAGCCAUAAAAGGAAAUACUUAUCGCUCUGGGACUAACAUCACUCUUGAAUGUGAAAGUGGUUACACUUUGGAAGGCAUCAGUCAGAUUCAGUGCCAAGAGGACUUCAGCUGGGACCCCCCUGUACCAGCCUGUAAACUGACAUCACACAAGUCUGGUUCAGUAGGCCUAGGAGUCGCAGCUGCAGGAGUCCUGCUUCUCCUGGGGGCAGGCAUUGUCUGGAAAAUUAUUUCUAAGCAGAAGCAAGGCUAUUAUCAUACAUAUGAAAACUACAGUUACCAAACCCCUCUGAAUGAGAUUAUGGAACAGAAAUGUUCAUGUGUUCCAUAG